AACCGGAUAUAAUCAUCUACAAGCUGGUUUGUGGGGGUUUUUUUUCUUUUUUUCUAAUUGUAUCCUCGAACGGGUCUCGCCGAUGUGUUUUCAUGUAGUCUGACUACAGAUAUGCCACGCUACUGCGCUGUGAGAGUUUGCAGAAACCGUGGGGGGACUGCAUCAAGACAAGACAACAAGAGAAUCAGCUUCUACCCGUUUCCUUUGCAAGACAAGUCCAGGCUUCAGAAAUGGGUGAGCAACAUGAAGAGGGAGCAGUGGACCCCUAGUAGACAUCAGUAUCUGUGCAGUGAGCACUUUACAGCGGACUGCUUCGAUAUUCGAUGGGGAAUCCGGUACCUGAAGAAUACAGCCAUCCCCACCAUUUUUCCUUCUAGUGAAGAUGACGAUGAGAAGAAAACGACAAACCUGAAAAGAAGCCUCAAGGCUAAAACCAACAUUUCACUCGGUGAUCCUGAGCUUGCAACAUUCGACUCUCCUGCCAGUAAAAAAAGGCCACUCAUUUUGAGCAAAACAGGCAGAAAGUCCCAGUCAGCAGUGAUAAACAAUAUGUCUGGGGAGCGCACAGAGAUGGUAUUUGAACCUGCAGUGUUGGACUCUCAUUUAGAACGUUCUGAGAUACAGACUGCUGCUUGUGAGAAACCACUUGAUGGUGAAACGGCAGCACAGUCUCCAAGCAGGGAACUCUGUUCUGAAGAGCAGGCCGAGUCCGCUGUGACUGUAUUGUGCUGUGAGCCAGGUUCAUUCUCUGAUGCAGGGGCAAACAUGGAUGGAGAUGCAUUCCAGGCAGUGCUGGGUCAGGCUUUUAGCUUUGUCCCCAUGGAACUGGUCAAGGACAAAACCACAGGCUGUUUUUUAGCAGAGAGUGGACUCACUGAUGAAGAGAAGGUUUCUGUUUUUGAGCAUUCGUACUGCAGACCGGAUACUGACAAAGAUGAGCUCUGGAGGAAGAUCUUGAGUUUGCACGCAAAGAUCUUAGAACUGGAUCGCAGGGAGGAGAGCACGGUGGCUAAGAUCCGUGCCCUGGAGAACGAGGUAGCCCUCCUGAAGAGGGAUGGUGCUGUUUUUAAAGAGAAGCAGAAAGUUUAAAAGAGUGUAUAUCAUCUGUGCUGGUCUGAAUUUUUACAAGAUGGAACGAGAUGUUAAUAUAUUCUUACAGUUAAUUUGCUUUUGUAGACAUGUUGCAAAUGCUUUCAUACAAACCUUACAC